CAAGAAAGGAAGUCCUGACUUGAACACACAGCCACAGAACAAGUUAAUAUUCCUAUGUCUUAGGGUUGAACUUCCUAAAAUACAGAUAAAGUGUUCAUUUUUCAAGAUUCAUUUUCCUUGGAUCUUACCAACAACACAUUCAGAAACAGAGGAAGGAAAGAGAGAGUGAGAAAAAGUGAAAGAGAAAAAGAAUGAAUUCAUCCAAGUCAUCUGCUUUGCAAUGCACAGAGAGAGGGUUCUUCUCUUCCCAAGUGUUCUUAUGGAUCAUUGCUGGGACCUCCAUCCUACUACUCAGUGCCUGUUUUAUCACCAGAUGUGUUGUGACAUAUCACUUCUUUCAACUCUGUGAUGAAAAAAAUUUCCAGCCACAUGAAAAUUUCAUGGAAUUAUCCUGCUACAAUGAUGGAUUGGGUGCAGUCAACAAUUGCUGUCCAUUGAACUGGGUACAUUUUCAAUCUAGCUGCUACUUCUUUUCCACUGACACCAUGUCCUGGACAGCAAGUUUAAAAAACUGCUCAAGCAUGGGAGCUCAUCUGGUGGUUAUCAACACACAGGAGGAGCAGGAAUUCCUUUUCUAUGCGAAACCUAGAAAGAGAGAGUUUUACAUUGGACUGACAGACCAGUUGGUUGAGGGUCAGUGGAAAUGGGUAGAUGACACACCUUUCAUGGAGUCUCUGAGCUUCUGGGAUGUAGGGGAGCCCAACAACAUAGCUACACUGGAAGACUGCGUCACCAUAAGAGACUCUUCAAAUCCGAGGGGAAAUUGGAAUGAUGCGACCUGUUUCUUCAGUAUGUAUCGUAUUUGUGAAAUUCCAGAAAGAAAUAUUUUGAACAAAGAAUAAUCUCUAAGAACAGAAGAUACAGCUUAAAUGUAUAAACGAAGAGGAAUAAGAGCAUGAACACAGCCACGACUCCAACAUAAGAAAAGUGUGCAGGCACUUCUUAAGGACUUUUUUUUUUUUUCAAACAAAACAUUCUAAUUUUAUUAUUUAAUUAUUCCAAA